UCACUUAAUUAAUAAGUGACUUAUUUAAUUAUACUCCAAAUUUUACAAUCAGCGAUUAUAUUGACAAAAAUGUUCUAUUUGCCUUCAGUUUUUUAAUAAAGCAUUUAAUGGAUUAAUUUCAGAUCUCAUUAAACACAUCAAAUCUGACUAAGUGACUAAAUAACUAAAAAUUGGUAUAAAAACUUAUUAAGUAUUCAAAUUAAAUAUUUAAAAAAAGACGCACAUUUCAAUUAUCGCAGAGGCAUUACUUUUAAAGAGAACAACAACAAGGAGUUCUAUAUUCUGGUUAUAAACCAGAGAGGAUCAGCCAUCUUGUGUGGUUAUGGUCCAAGUCUCCGUUAAAGGGAAGAUUGGACAUUGUUAUCUGUUUUCGUGUAGCCUGUUAAGUACAAAAUGGUGUCGGUGGGAGAAGGAACAAAGUAAACUGUUUAAGCAUGGAUAUGACCGAGAUAAAAGUUUUAGCUCCAACAGUCAAGAUGUCAAUGUCUUCAGAAUCAGCUAAUCAUUAAUUAAUUAGUCAAGAUGCAGAAGCUGAUUGGAUUUGCCUUUGCCUUUAUUUUUACUUGCUUCUUCUUUAGUAUGUGUAUAAGUCAAAAUAUUCAACCUCGGACUACUCAUUGUGAAUUCUACAAUAGUAGUUGUGCGAACGGAAGCUGUAAUGAGACUCUAGAAUGUGAACUGCCAGAGCAGGACAAAAGAGUCCACUGCUUUGUGCUUUGGAAUAAUUCUUCUGGUGUCCCUGAGGUCAAGAUGAAGGGUUGCUUCUUGAACAAUGAAUGUCCUGGACAGAACCGCUGUGUUGAAACAAGAGAAGAGCCCAAAAUAGAUUUGAUGUUCUGUUGUUGUGAAGGAAAUAUGUGCAACCGAGAAUUCAAUUUUGAGCCACAGCCAGCACCUCCAACUACACCAAAAGUUCCUGUUGAGAAAAGUACUCCUGACAAGAUGAAGUAUUUGUAUAUUACCCUCAUCAUUAUCUUCAUCGCUUUACUUUUUCUACUGACAGUAAUAUUCUAUUAUCUAAGGCGGAGGAAGGCUUAUUUUAAUGAGGUACCGACCAUGGACCCUCACCCCCUGGCACCAUCAACUCCUAAUAUGGGCCUCCUCCCAAUCCAACUGAUGGAAGUUAAAGCCAAAGGGAGAUUCGGUGCAGUUUGGAAGGCACAGAUGAAGUCCGAAAUUGUAGCAGUCAAGAUAUUUCCCGUACAGGACAAGCAGUCAUGGCAAAGUGAACAACAGAUCUACUCUCUGCCCCAGAUGAGGCACGACUGCCUCCUGCGUUACAUAGCUGCCGAGAGGCGCGAUGGUCUUCAGAGUGAAUUUUGGUUGGUCACAGCCUACCAUGAAUAUGGCUCCCUCUGUGACUAUCUCAAGGCUCACACCCUCACUUGGGAACAGCUUUGCAAGAUAGCAAAAACUAUGGCUAGAGGUCUGAUGCACAUUCACGAGGAGUUGAUCCCAAUAUCAAAAACAGACGGGUUUAAACCAGCUAUUGCUCAUCGGGAUUUCAAAUCUAAGAAUGUCCUUCUGAAGAAUGACCUAACAGCCUGCUUGGCCGACUUUGGUCUUGCCCUUGUCUUUCAGCCUGGCAAACCUUGUGGUGAUACUCAUGGUCAAGUGGGUACAAGAAGAUACAUGGCUCCAGAAGUUCUUGAGGGUGCCAUCAUCUUUUCAAGAGACCACUUCCUCAGGAUUGAUAUGUACGCAUGUGGCCUAGUCCUUUGGGAGCUCGCAACACGAUGUACCGCCCAAGAUGGGCCAGUUGGAGAAUAUCAGUUACCAUUCGAAGAAGAGGUUGGCCAGCACCCUUCACUUGAAGACAUGCAGGAAUGUGUUGUCAAUAAGAAACAACGGCCUGCUAUCAGUCCGCAAUGGAGGAACCAUCCAGGCUUAGUGGCAUUGUGUGAAACAAUGGAGGAGUGUUGGGAUCAGGAUGCUGAAGCAAGGCUGUCUGCUUCCUGUGUCGUCGAGAGAAUUAAAUCUCAUGCCCAGCUGAGGGAUCCUCAGAAGAUCAUCGAUGUAUCGUCACCCAACCUGAUGGACCUGGGACAUUAGCUCAAGUUGGGGCCGAUCUGUUUGUCUACCUCUCUUCAUUACAAGUUGUGUAUAUAAUUGUAAAUAUUAAUUGUAACUCAUCAAAUAUGAACUUAUAA